AUGGCGAGCAGCAGCGCAGGCGCCGAUGCGGCGCCCUACCACCCGACGACGAUCGGCGGCAUCCGCGAAAUAGCCGAGUCCUUCGACGGAGUCCUGCUGGACCAGUUUGGCGUCCUGCACGAUGGCCGCACCCCCUACCCCCGCGCGAUCGAGGCCGUCGCGCGGCUGCACGCGGCGGGCAAGAGGGUCGUGAUCGUGUCCAACUCGUCCAGGCGAUCGGCGGGGACCGUCGGGAAGCUGGUCAAGAUGGGGUUCGAGGCGGAGUGGUUCACGGGCGCCGUCACCAGCGGCGAGAUGGCCCACCGGUGCCUGGCGGAGCGCGCCAACGCCUGGUGGCGCGCCCUGGGCACGCGCUGCAUCCACAUCACCUGGUCUUCGCGCGGCGCCAUCAGCCUCGACGGCUUGGGGCUGCAGGUGGUAGGCUCGCCGGCCGAAGCGGACUUCAUACUAGCACACGGCACCGAGGCGGUGGGCGAGCCGGGCGACGGCGGCGGCGGCGGCGGCGGCGCGAGGGACGCGUCUCUGGAGGAGCUGCGGGCGCUGCUGCGGGAGUGCGCGGCGGAGGCGCAGCGGAGGGGGCGGCCGAUGCCGAUGGUUGUUGCCAACCCAGAUAUUGUCACCGUCGACGGCGCCGGCGGCCUGAUUACGAUGCCAGGCACCCUUGCUCAAUGGUACCAAGAGCUGGGAGGAGACGCGGUGCUCAUGGGCAAGCCGAGCCCCAUCAUAUACGAGGCGGCGGCGGCGAUGGCGCCUAAUGUGCACGCAGGGCGCUGGCUGGCGAUUGGCGACAGCCUGCAGCACGACAUUGCCGGCGCUGCCGCGGCGGGGACGGGGCCGGGCCUGUUCAUAGUAGGGGGCAUCCACGCGGAGGAGGCGGGGUUGAGAGGGGGCCCGGAGGCUGGCAACGCGGGGAGCGGGUGGAACGCGGGCGCGCUGGCGCGGCUGUGCGGAGAGCACAGGGCGGCGCCAAAGUGGGCGGCGGCGUGGAUGCAGUGGUGA